AUGUUACUGCUGGUGAAAGUUGAACUAUUCAGAAAAGGAACUCUCGAUGUAGAGAUAUAUUUUGAUGGUCGAGGUUCAACAAGUUCUGAUUGGUUCACCAAGGAACGUCUUCGUUCUAGUUCUUUCAACGACCUGAAUCAAAUGUCAACCUUUAAGUUUUUCUCAGUGGAUGGAUUUCAAGGCCGACAUUUCUACAUUAGCCAUAUCCAUGGAAGCUGCCCUAAAGACAAAGGUUGGAUUGUAGUGAUUGACAAAGCUGAUGGAAGUUCACGAUUUUGCAAGUAUGACAGGAUACCUGGAAAGGACUACCCAUAUAUUUUGUAUGGCCCCGAUCAUCACAUGAUUAAAUUUGAAACUGGUAUGUCAGACGAUAUAAUUAUUUAUUAA